CACACUGAAGAAAAGUUCCAUGGGCUUAUUCAAGAUCUGGUAGAAUCUUUUCCAAGGACAAAAAAAUGGAUCGAUUGGUACAUGCAUCCAAAUUGAGCGAAAUGUAUUUUCCAAUCUCUUUCUAAUGUUGACAUUUCAAAGUUCUCAAAGGAUACAAAUGCCCAAGAGAGUUUGGGAGGGGACUUUAAGCGCCAUGCACCAACUAAUAAAAAGGGUAUGAAUGUCAGGGAUACGUAUGAUUACGGCUGCCGUUACUUGAAGCUAAUCGAGCGCGAUAUUAAACAAGCCUUGAAGGGAUCGACGCUAAGGUACCACCGCUAUAAGUACCCUGGGAGAAAAAAAAAAAAGCAGCCCACAGCAACGAUGGUCGCGCGCCAGAUUGUAACAAGACACUGUUCCCCGAAAUAUUUAAGCGGCAACGUCGAGCAAGUCGCCCUAAAGGAAGUCCAAUAUGAGGACUUCAACGCAAUCAAUACAUGUCCUUUAGACGCUCCUCUUAUGCUUUGGGUGCUUUUACGUAGGUUUUCCGGAAUGUGCUAUUCAACAGCUACCUUAGCGGCCUCCGAAGGAGCCGUACUGGAAGAGGUCGUAAAAUUGGUAUUAGCAAAAGAGCACGCCAAGGCAAGACGGAUGUGGUGCAAAGAGAUCUUAGGCUUGGCUACAUUCAAAGUCACUUACGACUCGACGUGUUCUGAAGAGGGAUGCCCCAAUCGAAGUUCGAAAGAGACACAAAGUUCUGCUUAUUUUUUCAUGAGGGGAAAUGCACGGCACAUUAAUCAAGGAAGUUUUGAUAUGUCGGUUAAGAAAGAACACACUCCCUGUUCUUUGCCAAUGCAGACCCAGGGAUCCCGCAAGCGAAUGCUUUCAUUUAAUGUCGACAGUGGAACGUUGGAAUCCCUGGAUGUGUGCAGUGGCAUGCGAGCAUAUUCCCGAAUGGAGCGUAAGCUACAAUGGGUCGGUGACCAAAUGAUUGUUCCUGAUGGUUUUCAACCAACUCAGGUAUGGUACCUGAGGUCCCACGACCAAUUAGCCGGUAACGAGACGGACAUCUCUAGUAGUGCCAGUGCUACUAAUGGGGGAGGUCGAGAGGCGGUUCAACUGAGAGUCAAAAUUCCAAUGAAGGCUUAGACUUAAUAUCCCAAUGAGGACUUGUCGCAUCGCUGUGGACAUUGACCACAUGGUUUCCUUUGAUGUUGUUAGAAGAGCUGCUAGCUUAG